GGAUUUUGAACCUGCAGCACAAACGGGUUCUCAUAUUACCUAUCUACGAUAGGCACCCGGCAUUUGCCAGGGCACUUUUCAUUCAGCAGUUUUAAACGGCUGGGAGUGGAUCGCAACUGGUUUAUAAGGAAAAUGUGAUGGCGCGCAGGAGAAAUAAAGCAACCAAAACAAUAACAAGAUCAGAGGAUGCUCAUGGACAAGAAUAUGACGACGCGCCAUAAUAAUAUCUACUCUUUGGUUGUCCACAAACUAACUCUCUACUGAAUGGUUCAUGUAGUCUCGUGGGGAUGGCUGCCAACACCAACAUCUUCACCGAAAAGCAGACCAAUAACUGGUUCAAAGCGUACAUUGCCCUCAAUUGGACAAAAGAAGGAUUGACUGACUUUGUUGUGACGGAAUUACUUAACGUCCAAAAAACAGUUGGAAGUAGUUGUGGACAAUGCUUUAUUCAAAACCUUAUACCGUGCCCAACUCAGGACGUGUGUAAAAAGGGGAAACGAACUAACUGUUCUUUCCACAAUUCACUACAAUACAAGUCAUGCCAAACAUGUGAUAAAGUGAAACACAAUAUCAAAUCGUUACACAGAUUUAAUGGGCCUUCAUGGGCAAACACUAAAGCUGAAAGAUGGGCAAUAGAUCCGUGGGAAAUUGGCAAAUGCUACCUCCCACGGGAUGGAUAUAGCAGUGUAUCCUCUGUGCAGGCAUCUGACUUUAAUGGUGUGAUAAGCAUCAUGUUGAACUGCACUCAUUUCCAGACAUGCGUCUCCACCGCAUGUCUAUCACCGCCUCCUCCUGAUAAGCAAUGCCCGCUAGAAAAGGUCCGUCAAAUAGGCAGAGAUGUACGCCACACUGCCAACUGCAAGGUUACAGAUGCUGAUCUGCAGUACUUCUUCCUGACACUGUCCACCUUACUGGCUGAUCCGGUCUGCUUAGUGCAUGAUCCCUCAGCAACAGAAGCGCGCAGGAAACUCAGUGAUUUGCAGAAUGAUCGUAUUUCACUUGACGAUUUGGGCAAGCUGUUAAAAGAAGCCAAUCAGAUCCUCACACAGGCAAAAGAGGCUGGAGAACUUUUUUCUGGAGAGGCUAAAAGGACUCUGAAAGAAGGUCUGGAUGCUUUAGAGGCUAAAAUUCAGGCUGGAGAACAAAGCAUUGAAAACAAGACACAAGAAAGUAUCAACCGCAUAAAGCAAGCAACGAAUGAAAAAGAGCUAGACGAAUACGAUCGAGGCGUAGCAGAUUUUCUCAGCCGAUUGAUCGACCAUUACCGUGACACUGUUAUUUGCGUACCCCUGUCCACAUUGAACCCCAGUCUCGAUAUAAAAAUACAAGACAUAUAUGCCAAGCCAAAAAUACACAAGAUGAAAAUUGAAAAAGAUGGUAAACACGUGAAACAAGAACAAAUAUACAAAUAUAUAGAUUGCUUUUGCGGAGGGUUUAGACGUAUAUAUUUACAAGGUGAGCCUGGCAGCGGAAAAUCGUAUUUUGCUGCAAAAUUAGUUCACGAUUGGUGUAAUGUGCAUGCGCCAAUCGAGAAAUCUACAAAAGAACAAAUGAUGUUUGGUGACGUGGAUACCCUUCAGAAAUUCAGGUUCCUUUUUUUAAUUUCGUUGCGCGAUUCGAGAGAACAGACACACGCAACGCAAAUGAUAAAAUCCCAGCUCAUCUACAAAGUAUAUGCUGAGGACGAAUGGGACAGUGCGUACAAACUGGCCUUAAAAAUCAUGAAAAAUGUGAUGUAUCUCGUCGUUCAAGACGGUCUUGAUGAGUGGCCAGGUAAAGAAGUUCUGCCCUCGAUGGACGGUAUUCCAAAAGACCAUUGCAUUGUGCUCACAACUUCUCGACCAUGGAAACUCGCUGAUGAACGUAUCAGAAAUUCACAAAUUGACAUUCUGUUUGAUCUAGAGGGUAUAAGCGAUCCUAAAGAAUUCAAUGAAAAGGUACUACGAUGCCUACUUGACGAAUCAGCUGAUAUAGAAAAAAGAGUGAAUCUGUUUGAAAAAUUCCUCAGUAGUCGUAACCUUGAGUCGAUAUCAUCUUCGCCUAUGCUGAACACUCUUGUCCUCUGUACCUGGGUAGAUGAUAGAGCUGAGUGUGUCACUGGAUCGUCACUGUGUGAACUGUACACAACCCUGCUUGAAAAUUUGUGUAAAAAAGCUAACUCACAAAUUAGUUAUUUCGAUCCAAACCACACAUCACCAGUAAACUGCUUUUCUCGCACGAUGCAUGUUAAACCAAACAUGGAACAUAUAGAUGCCAUAGCCAAAGCUGCGUUCUCAUUUUUGUUUUCAAAUGAAAAAGAAUCAUCACUAGUGUUCAGCGACAUACACUUAAUGGCUCAUUUGUCUCCAACUGCAAAACAGUUCGCACUCGAUUCAGGAAUAUUAUCUCAAAGAAAAGGUAAAAAAUGUACUGAUCAAACAUUGACGUUUGUCCAUAAAACAAUCCAGGAAUUCCUAGCUGCUUUUCAUAUCCACAGGAAUGCAGACGUAAUUGACGAGGUCAUUUCCGGAUAUCUCCUAUGCAAUGACAAAUCAUAUCAUGAUAUAUCUCAAAUGUUUAUAUUCCUGUGUGGCUUCAACAACUCCGCAGCGAAUAAACUAUCUGCAAUGAUGAAUGAGCUUGACGUGUAUAGCGAUGAUCAGAAUUAUUUCCAAGACUGCAUCCUCUCUGGUUAUAGGGAGGCUGUAGCCAACAAGAACACUCCAAUACACCUACAUCUGAGUUUCUUUGACUUCAACAAUAAUAAUGCGGAAGAUUUGAUCCAGAUCUGGAAACUGAACACUUCACGUGCUCGAUCUUUAGAUGUUGAGUUAUAUGGUGGGUACGACAUACAUGUAACAAGACGUUCACAAGACGCGUCGUCUGCAGAUUGUCAUGAACCUGGACAGGUUUCCUUACCUGCACGUAAGGAUCAUGGGCCAUCUACACUAAACGAUGAGGACGGAGUCAGAUCGUCUACAUCUUGUAUCGAGCUUGACUUGUCAUUGUGUCACAACCUCGAACAUCUGCAGCUCUUUGACAGUUUUGGUGAUUAUAUAACCGUGCAACCACAUGCGCUUGUGGGUCUGAAAAAAUUGGACUUCGGUUGUGGUAAUGAAAUAACAAAAAACACGGUAAAUAAGAUGCAACCAGAAGAAUACAUCCCCAUCCAACAAGAACUCAAAGCUCUGAAGUUUGUUGAAGUGAAACGAUUUCGAAUAUAUGACCGGACACCUAACACCUUUAAAUCGUCUGAUGAUGCAUGGUCUGUACAUGGCAGUGUUGUUGAUGAUGGUGAUAACAAUGAUGAUAUCGCAUCCAAGUGA